AGAUACCGUAAAAGCAGCAGAGAGGGCUUGUAGCCACUGUGAAACGCAUGGACUAUUUCCGGUUGGCCAAUACGUUUACGGUUGGGUUUGUUUGCCACGGAACCAACCAAAUAAGCAGUUAACUGAUGCGUACCGAAUUACUUCCGGUCAAGAUGACGUUAUCUUCUCCAGAAUCAACCGUAACUUCUCUGUUGGCAAGCUCUGGACAUCUGAGAAGCAGUCUAUGUGACCGCGACCUGUCUCUCACCGGCAUCAGAUACCGAGAUCGGGACUAUGAAUCAGCGACUGAGGCACUGGAAGCCUACAUUGCAGACUUUGACAGAAACCAGCACACUUCUGAAAGUUUUAUAGGAAGACUUCAACUACAGAAGUGCCCCACUCAGCCCAGAACUGGGUUCAAGAAUAAAGAUGUUCUUAAAGAGAGUCUAACUGAGAGGGAGCUGGACUUCCUGGACCUCCCAGUGGGGUCUAGUCGCUGUGGACAACCGGACCGCCUCAGCUUGACGACCGAUGACCUGCUGGUGCUGCCGUGUGACGGCUCCUUGCCUGUGACCCGUACUUCAGCCUUCCUCGUCCGGUCUGGCUCCUACCCCCAGUCGCCCUGGCAACCUAAGCCUAACUGUGGCUUUGAUAUUAAAUCCUGCCAGCACUACUCUCAUCAUGAGCUCCUCCGAGAUAGUCAAGGUGGACCUGGGAGAACCCAGAAGCUGGAAUCAUCCAACGGCCUUAGAUCCUCAGUGCCCAGAGUGAAGGGCAGCCAUCGACCCCACCCCGAUCUCUACUACCGGAACCCUGCCGGACGCCACGACCGUGGGCCACCCCUGCCAGACUCCUCCCCUCACCACGACUACCCUCGCUGGUUGACCCGUCAGAAGUCAACCAUGGAUUUUUCUGGGAUCACCAGUAUUCCUGAUAUAAAGUACCCCGCCUGGCUCCAGGAGGCCGAUGACAUUUCCUCCUUUGGCCCCACCCAGAAGACAAACCUGUGUAGAAGUCAGCCCCAUACCCUCCCCCCACAGGCACCCCCCCACUCCCCCAGGCUCCCCUCCUGGCUGAACGAGCUGGAGGCUUCUUAUGAAGAGCUACAAGAGGGACAGACAGACCGUGACGGCGGCCAUUUUGAACUGGCCCGUGGGUCUGAGGAUGAUCGGCAACAUUUCUUCAAAAAAGCUGAUCACAGGACGCUGAGAGAGUUGAGACUCCAGUUUGCAGAGCAGCUAGCCAUAGAAGCAGAGGAAGAAAGAAGCACCGACUUUGACAAUCUCUGCAGAAAUGAUAAGAUGGAGUCUCUGAUCUUGAAGGGAGAGAAAGCCAUGACUUCUCCUUCCCUGGGCCUGACCAGCCUGAGGCAGAAAGACACGGGAGGCAGUCCGUGUGGCUCAGAGUACGCCCUGGAGGCUGAUCGCUCCUGGGACAACCCCACCGUAACUAACUCUCCAGUGCCAGUAGGGGGAGCUGAAGACCCACAGAUUUACACAGUGCCACUGCAAGACCGAAAAGAGGCCGCCUCAAGAUCCUGCUCGUCGGGCUACAGCAGUAGGAAACACCCUGGUCCGGUGGAGGCCCUCAAACACAUGCUGUUCAGCCUACAGGCCUUGGAGCAACGGGUCACCCCGGAGAAUAGCUCAACCCAGCAGGAAGUAAUAUUGGAGGGGAGUUCAACACCAUACAAAACACUCGUGUCGGACAACUGCUCAAAACCACAGGCAGAAUCCAGUUUGGAUGACACUAACAUGCUGAUGAAGAUGACAGAGGCACAAGUUGAGGACUAUGAAACCUCUCCCGGUGGACAAUCUUUACAGAGGGCUCUGCAUCACCUGGUGAGACUGAAGACACUUGUUGAAGAUUCUGGGAAAAAGGCACAAUCUCAGGAAUGAAGACCCAUAAAAGACCAGCCUUCAAAAGAGGAAGUGUUGUUGAAAAUUAUUGGUUAAGUUGAAAUUGUCAAAAAAAGCACAAAAAUAUUCAUUUAGUGUGUAUAUACAUACAAUAUAUUAAAAGGUUAAUAUUUUAGGAUUCAUUGUAUCAAAGCCUUGUUCUUCAGUACCUUAUGACCACAUGGCCAUCUCAGAGUGAGGCUUAACAAACAUACU